AUGGCGAAAACGAAAGAUCUACAGACUCUCAUCGACCUCACCACAUCCGCGCAAAGACUCUUUACCCACUAUCAGGCCUCGCUUGCGCCCUCGAACGUUACUACACCUACAAGUCAGACGGCAGAGAGCGGUCUCCCCAACCCACUCGAAGCCGUCAAAGCGUCAGUCACGCUUCUUAAAUCGCAUACGACCACCCUGUCCCUGCUCCUCCUUACGCCCCCCCUCACACCCUCUGCUGUGAUUGCAAAACUCAACGAAAUAAGCUCAGGGCCACUGAGUGGUAUGGUUGCCGCUGCCUCAUACACAUAUCAAGAUGGCCAGAUCGAUCCACUGGGUACAAUCAUGCGAGUCGAAGUCAAGUCACAAGUGCGAAGACUUAUAUCUACAUGGGGCGAUGUCCUUGCCCUGAUUUCAAAGACGGCAGAGAGAAGACAAGCAACCAAGAAAGAUGUUGGACUUUCAGAGAGCGAAAAGCAAGAGGUUCUCUCCGCUACUGGCAUGGUAUGGGGAGCAUGCGACACCCUACUCAAGCUAUGUACCGAUGGUAUCGUCGGAUUAAUAGUCAGGAAAGCAGGGGAGCUGAGGGCCGUGCUCCUUGAUGCGAUCGAGGAGCUCAAGGAAUGGGGCGAUGACAUUGAUGACGGAAGCGACGACGAAGCAACGCACAGCGAUGAUGAUGAAGACGACAUGUUUGGUUCAUCGAACAAGCUUGGCAAGGACGACAAGGAAUUGAAGGACUUAUUGGAUGCAAGCCUCAAGAAGCUCAAGAUGAUUGGCAUGCUCUACCAGGCCUUGAUCAAGCGGAGGCUGAAGACCUAUACUCCAUCUCCCCCGCUAGCCGCUAACGGUGUCAAAGACGCGACAAUUAAUCCCAGCACAAAGCUAGACAAGCUGAUGGAUAAGAUGAAGACCAUACCUGAGACGGCUGACGAUUUGGCGAGCGCGUUCUACGACCUUGACGAAGACGAGGUGAAGCAGACACUGGACAAAUGCUGCACGGCAGCCAAGGACGCAGUAGAUAUCGUCAAGCAAAGUUGGAACGGUAGGGACGAUGAGUUCACAGCAUGGUCAACAAAGUGGCUGGAUGCGCUGGAAGCGUCGUGA